CGUCGGCAACGAGAGCGCGCGGCCCGCCAGUCUCAAUCCAGCCUCGUCGUCGUAGGGGCGUUACCGCUGGCUCUCUCUCGCGACCCACUCGGCUGUCACUGGCGGAGCCGCAAACACAGGGUUCCUUGAUGAGCGACGCCUUCGGGAAAAGGAAGAGAUGUCCGGAGACCAUCGCAUGACGGACAUCCCGCGUGACGCCUUCAUGGCUGACUGCCUGGUCGUUCCGCCGCGCACCUCGCCCAGCUUCCACCGCCCUCUAGAUAGCUGUGCUCAAUGUCUGUGCGGUAAAGAUAUACAGAAAUGAUGUCAGUGGAUUGGCAGCACGUACGACCAACAGAGCGCCUCCAUUAGAUAUCUGUAUACUUCUAAACAUUUAGCGACACAGCAUACUGAAUGAAUAUAUAUUCAAGCCAAACGAAAAACAUUUUUUAGACUGAAUGGCAUUAAUUGUUGGCAACAGUGUAAUGUAAUUGCUUUAAACGAGUGCUGCGGGCGUGAAGCACAGUUUGCGACGAUGGCCGAGGAUGUGUCCAUUCAGCUGGACUUCAGCCCCAUCAGCAUCGACACGCAAUACUUGACGCUGAACCAUGCAAUUAACUGGCUCAUUAAUCUGGAGUGGUGGGAAUGGCUCAUUCUUCUGAAGAUUGGCUUCGUGUUCUGGGUCCUUAACGUCACUGUCAUCCUGCCCUCGCUGUACAUGCAGGUGCUGCUGUACACCGACGAGAUGACGCCCCGCAGGCUGCAGCCAUCUCCGCCUGCCGUCGACGAGAUGGCCAGGACGCUUAGCCUCGGGCAGACCAGGUUCUCAUUCAUGCAGCGGGAGGAUUCUCCUCUGGACAGCAGAAACAGAAGCGCGCGACGGACGCCCGAAUGAAGGCGGCAGCUGAGAACGUGAAUCCAGAUCAUGAUCCCAACGCCAGGGAAUUGAAUCUCCCUCACUUUCCUUGAGCAAAUAAAAUGCUAUAUUUAUCUGAAGCAUUGUACAUAUUUUUUAUUAUUAUUAAAGAUAUUUUUAAACUCUAUUUACUAACCUUGUGUUCAAUAACAUUUUGUUAGAGCGGUUUGGUAAUUUUCGCUCGACUGGUAGUUUAAAUGUAUAGUACAAACAUACUAUUUUUAUACAUUCUGUAAGCAAAGGUGCAUGUAAAUGA